AUGCGACGUCUGCUCCAACUCGCGCCGUUGUUCGGCUUUCUAGCCACCGCCACGCCUACCGAAUCCUCGCAACAACACCCCAUCCUUGGCCCCGAAUCCGUCACCGCGAAUACUCCCCCAACGAUAUCCGUCGACCUCUUCCGCUCCCUCGAACGCACCUCCCGCAUCGUCGACAUAACCUACUGCGUCGGCACCUCGGGCAUCUCCCAGCCCUUCUCCUGCGUUUCUCGCUGCAACGAAUUCCCUUCCUUCAACCUAAUCACGACGUGGAACACGGGCGUACUGCUGAGCGACAGCUGUGGCUACAUCGCUGUCGACCACGGCGUGCGCCGCCCGGGCGAUGAGGACCGCUUCGAAGGCGAGGUCGGCGACAAGGCCGUCAUCGUCGCAUUCCGCGGGACGUACAGCAUCACCAACACCGUCGUGGACCUGAGCACCAUCCCGCAGGAGUAUGUCCCGUACCCGUCGCCAGACGACGGCGACGAGGAGCCGCCGCGCGAGCACCGCUGCAAGGACUGCACCGUGCAUAUGGGGUUCCUGGCGUCGUGGCGCCAGGCGAGGAAGCUCGUGCUGCCGGAGCUGAAGAGGCUGAGGGAGGAGUACCCCGAUUAUCCCGUCCACUUAGUCGGGCACAGUCUUGGCGGAGCGGUGGCGAUGCUCGCGGCGUUGGAGAUCAAGGUGUCUCUCGGCUGGGAUGAUGUCAUCGUCACGACCUUCGGGGAACCCAAGGUUGGCAAUCAGGGACUCUGCGAUUACGUUGAUACCGUCUUCGAGCUCGACAAGGAGGAUGGGGAGGGGCAGAACGCGAUGAACAGGACCUACCGCCGCGUGACGCACGCUGGUGACCCCGUGCCGUUGCUGCCGUUGACCGAGUGGGGAUACAAGCCGCACGCCGGCGAGUUCUACAUCGCAAAGUCGGAGCUGUCGCCGUCGAUGGAGGAUGUUUUGGUUUGCCGCGGCGACAGCGAUUCGAGGUGCAUCACGAAGGGCGACGGCGGACUAUUCGAGUCGAUAGCGCGAGAUCUAAUCGAGGAAGCGGGUAUGGAUAAGGAGGAGGGGGUAGUCGAGGCGGAGAAGUCAUUGAAGAAGAGACUCCCGGGCUUCCCGACGCGGCUCAAGCUCUGGCAGCUGUUCUUCGCUCACAGGGAUUACUUCUGGCGGCUCGGGCUAUGCGUCCCCGGCGGCGAUCCGGCUAACUGGGGGCGGGGCAAGUACGGCGGCGGACACGGCGGCGUAGCGUCGGACGAGCUUUAG